AGCGAACCCAACGGCGUCAUGAGUAAACCAGUCAAAGAACCGGCUGUCGCCCCUGGUGACGGCUUGCCUUGUUACAACGCCUUCCUCGUUGCCGCCUGGUCGUCGGGCUGCACAUCUACCUCGGUCACCUCCUUGUUGUCCUCGGCGCUAUCAUGCAGAUGGCAGCCCGGAUCGAGGCUACCUUUACAUACUCCUGUCUGUUCAUCAGUUUCGCUACCUCUUGGCUCGGCAACUCGGACCCUCUGCUCAUCAACGAGAUUGCGCACUCGAAGCAACGCUUCAUUGCGAACGCUCUGUUCAUACUUGGUUAUAAGUCUUCGGGUAUCCAGUGUUUUCGCCCCUCCUGCUUAUUGACAAAUUUCAAGGGUACUUCGGACGUCACUGUUACGCAGUGCUCCACUGUCGUCACCAUCUUCAUCAACACCUUUGUCAACUUGCCUUCACUGGAAGUACUACAUUGUCUGCAUUUUGAUGCUUGCUAUUCUGUGGGACAGUAUAAGAGCGAUGCCGAUCACAAGGUCUAA